AUGGAUAAAUUACCUUAUUUUAAAGGUGAGAGUAUCAUGUUAAAGGGAGUGGGUGUUAAUCAUCCCAAUGAAGAUAACUCUUCCUCCAUGGCAGCUGUUGUUGGGACUGUCACCUGGCCAGCUACUAAUCAGUAUGCUACUAGAAUUUGUCCUCAGGAGAACAUGACUGAGAAGAUAAAAUAUUUUGGAAUAAUGUGCAAAGACCCGGUGAGCGCUUAUAAGGGAGACAACUUGGAUGUUGGCCAAAGUAAAGGCUCCAUAAGUAAUGGUAAUGUCACUCCUGAAGAACCUAGUUCAUCCAAAAAGGUACCAGUAAAUAGCAAGGUCAGAGCCUUGGUGCAAGAAAGUGGGGCUGAGGAUGUUGAGAUUGAAAGGUUGAAGAAGAUCCAUUUUAAUGAUAAAGGCACUAGCAGGCCAGUUCACUAUCAUGUUCUCUUGGAUGAAAACGCUUUCGGCUUUCAGCAAUUGCAGAAGCUGGUGUACGAGAUAUGCUUCACAUUGGCGUAUUUUCCAAUGUCGGUUAAACUUGUUCCACCAAUUUUCUACGCAGACCUUGUUGCCUUCAGGGGACGGCUGUUCCAUGAGGUGGUUAUGGAGAAGACAAAGUCUGCAGAAGCAUCCGGUAAAGCAGAACACUACAAUGUCCACCAUGAUCUGCAAAACACUAUGUUUUUUUUCUGA